AUGCCUGUAACCCAAUUCGCUGUGACCGACACGUACGAAUAUCUGAAUGGGUUCGGGGGAUACAAAGAGAGUGAAGCUAUUCCAGGCACGCUGCCUGUAGCGGCGAACUCUCCUCAAAAAUGCCCGUACGGCCUGUACAACGAGAAGUUGUCUGGCACGGCCUUCACUGCGCCGCGCGACGAAAACCAGCAGACAUGGCUGUACCGCAUUCUUCCCUCUGCUAGCCACCAGAACUUCCAACCUGUCCCGUCUUCUUCCUCGCAGUCCCUCAUCUCCCCUACCCCCAGUUUCGGCACCCACUUCAACGCGAUCCCAAAUCAGCUGCGAUGGGACCCCUUUGAUUUUGACAACGAGGUGUCAUGGAUCCACUCCCUGCAUCUAGUGGCUGGUGCGGGUGAUCCCACCAUGAAACAAGGCCUGGGCAUCUACAUCUACGCCUGCGGCAGCAGCAUGCCCGAGAAGACGGCAUUCUACAGCGCCGACGGCGAUUUCUUGAUCGUUCCACAACAUGGGGUGCUCGACAUCCGAACCGAAUUUGGCAAGAUGCUGGUGCGACCGAAUGAAAUCUGCGUCAUCCCGCGGGGGAUUCGCUACCACGUAACAGUGCAUAACAACGAGCCCGCGCGAGGAUACAUCUGCGAGCUGUACCAAGGCCACUUCAAACUGCCCGAGUUGGGUCCCAUUGGUUCCAAUGGUCUGGCCAACGCACGCGACUUCCAGACACCGGUGGCCGACUUCAUCGAGGACUACGAGAACACGGAAUGGACCUUGUACGGCAAAUUCGGAGGGAACCUGUUCUCGGCCAAGCAGUCUCACACCCCAUUUGACAUCGUUGGCUGGCAUGGCACCUACUAUCCUUACAAGUACGACUUGGGCCGGUUCAACCCUGUGGGGAGCAUCUCGUACGACCAUCCUGACCCUUCCAUCUUUACCGUCCUAUCUGCGCCGUCACAUCCCCAUGGGGCGGGAACGGCUGUUCUGGACUUUGUCAUCUUCCCGCCUCGAUGGCUGGUGGCCGAAAACACCUUCCGGCCUCCAUGGUACCAUCGCAACACCAUGUCCGAGUUCAUGGGGUUGAUUAUGGGGAGCUAUGAUGCCAAGGGGGCUGGCAAGGGAGGAUUCCAGCCCGCAGGAGCGAGUUUACAUAAUACGAUGAGCGGACAUGGACCCGACAUGCAGACGUUUGAAAAGGCGUCGACGAUGGAUUUGCCGCCCCAAAAGGUGGGCGAGGGCAGCAUGGCCUUCAUGUUUGAGAGCUGUUUGAUGGUUGGCGUGACCGAAUGGGGGUUGAAGACUUGCCAGAAGGUGCAAGAGACGUACAAUGCGCAUUCUUGGGAGCCAUUGAAGGUGCAUUUCAAGCGACCGGAAUCCGUCGCACGGCGUUAG